AUGCUGUUUCCAAAAGCCAUACUAAUCCUAAGUGGACUCCAAGUCCUUAUCCCUGCUCUCACGGCCGCAAUAAACCCGGCGAUCAUCAAGGGUAACCGCUUCUUUGACUCGGUCACAGGUGACUACUUCGCUAUCAGAGGCGUCAACUACUACCCCAGACCCAACACCGGCCCCCUCGACAUAAACAACCUCGAUCUCUUCUCAAACGAUUUCAAGCACAUCUGGCAGCGAGAUGUACCGCAGUUCAUGGCGCUCGGAGCCAACGUUAUCCGACUUUACGCCGUUGACCCGGACGUCGAUCACACGGAUUUCAUGUGCACACUGCAGUCCGCGGGGAUCUACGUUGUCGUCGAUCUCGGCGCCAACUGCGAAGGGUGUGAGAUUACGGCUGAUUCUGCGCCUACGUGCUACCCCGCGUCCUAUAAGACACGCGGAGAGAAGAUUAUCAAACAGUUCGCGCGCUUCGAUAACGUCUUGGCGUUUAGCGGAGGUAACGAGAUCAACCACCGUACGGGAGGCAACCCCUGGACGUGGAACGCGCCGUGCCAGAAGAAGUUCAUCCGGGACAUGCGUGCCUUCAUCCAGUCGUGCCCUAACUUACGUCGAGUGCCUGUGGGUCUCGUCGUGGCCGAUACCGACCGAGAUGAAAACGCGCAGUACUACAACUGUCGCACCGACGAGAGUGACGAGCUCGAGAACGCACAAUGGUACGGCAUCAACACGUACGUACACUGCGACGACAUCUCGGACCCGGCCAAGGCCACGGGAUUCAACAUGCUGCGCGACAGCUUCAAAAGCUACGAUUACUCCAUCCCCGUUGUGCUCACCGAGUUCGGCUGUGUCAGUCCAGCAUUCCCCACUGUGGACGGCUUCGAGGCGCAGCGUACGUUCCACGAUGCUGUGUUCAUGAACCUACCGGAGUACAGUGACUACUUCGCUGGUGGUAUCGCAUUCGAGUACUCGACGGAGAAUGCCAACUCCAUGUCAACGUCCCCCUAUCCGUUCACAACGUACGGCCCGCAGAAUUACGGGCUGGGUUACUUCUCGCCAGCAGACUGCACGGACGCAGGCAUAAACUGCACGUACCAGCGUUUUCCGAACUUUGAUUUCCUCAGGCAGGCGUUUGCAUCGUACGACGGCUCGAGGCAGCCAACACUCAGCACCUAUGAGGUCCCUCCGAACCAUGUUGAAACAUCCACUUGCCCUGCUGGCUCUCCUGGCCUUCGUCAGUUCCAGUGGCCAAGUGAUAGCUCUGCAAAUGAAGCGUGCCCCUCAGUUUCGGACAGCCGCUUCCAGUGUCCCGGUCAGUCGUCAACGUUGCCAACAACAGCACUUUCGUCCGCUCCGCCGCUGGCGACGAUUAUGGCAAGUCCAAGCACUGAAGUCCCAACAACAGAAGCGCCCACCACUACUCCGUUUGAGACAGCAGACGCACCUUCAACGCAAACACCCGACAGUCCAACCGAUACUACUCAACCGCCGACUACUAACAUCCACGAUGGUUGUCGACUUCGGUAA